AUGCACAGCCCCGAAGUCCUCUGGGUGUUUAUGGGUCACCUGAGAGUUCUUACCCCACUGCUGCAGGUUUGCCUGGUGGUGCUGGUGCUUCCUCUGCCACGCUACGAGGCCAGCAAGCCCCAGGCCCAGCCAUUCCCCCAGCAGCCACGCUACGAAGUCAGCAAGCCCCAGGGCAGUGAAGCCAACUCUCAAAGUGGAGGUGUGCUGCAAACCAAAUCUGGCAUGACGACGGUUGUCGCUGUAGCAGCCUUCCUGGAUGCCUUUCAGAAGGUGGCCGACCUGGCAAAUAACAGCCGAGGUAAGAUGGGGACGAGGUCCAGCACUUCCUGGUCCUGGGUGUUUCUGGACUGUCUGAUCAACCCUCUACAGGAGCAGAUGGAGGAGUGGAAAAGAGUCGCCAACACUCUGGAUAAAGACCAUGCCAAAGAGUACAAGAAAGCCCGUCAGGAGAUCAAGAAGAGAUCAUCAGACACUCUAAAGCUGCAGAAGAAAGCUAAGAAAGCUGAUGUUUUCGGCCGUGGAGACCUGCAGCCCCAGCUGGACAGCGCCAUGCAGGACGUCAGCGAUAAGUACCUGCUGCUGGAGGAGACGGAGAAGCAGGCGGUGAGGAGGGCGCUGGUGGAGGAGAGGAGUCGCUUUUGCUGCUUCGUGUCCAUGCUGCGGCCUGUCGUGGAGGAGGAGAUGUCCAUGCUGGGGGAGAUUACACACCUCCAGACACUGACAGACGACCUGAAGAUGCUGACCAUGGACCCACACAAGCUGCCCGCUUCCAGUGAGCAGGUAAUCGUAGACCUGAAGGGCUCCGAGUGCACCUGGUCCUACCAAACUCCUCCCUCGUCACCAAGCACCACCGUAUCCAGGAAGUCCAGCAUGUGCAGCAGCCUGAACAGCGUGAACAGCAGCGACUCUCGCUCCAGCGGCUCACACUGUCACUCCCCGACCUCCCACUUCCGUUAUCGCGCCUCCUCCUCCUCUUCCUCCUCAGUGCUGCCCCAGCAGACACCCGCCCGCCUCUCUUCAAUCUCCUCACACGACUCUGGCUUCAUCUCUCAGGAUGCCUACCAGUCCAAAUCCCCUUCACCGAUGCCCCCAGAGACCCUGCAGGUAACAAAAGUCGCGGCUCGGUGCUUUUAGUCAUCGACUCACUGAGAACAGACGCCAAAAAUAAACCAGUGAGUCUGUUUAUGAUGUCUGCGGAUGUUCCCCAGCUCCUACGAUGCUGUGUGUUUGUUAGCUGGAAGCCACAUGUGUGCGUGCCUCAGUAACCUCAGAGAGAGAUGGGUUCCUUUGCAGAAACAACAAAAAAAUAAUCUCGAGGUAUCGUCAGAUUUAGAGGCAUGUCUAACACUCAUAACAACAACAUCAUCAUCUUUUGCUGUCAGUCUCGUCGUCAUGUUGGAGAAAUGACAAAAUCCUGAACGAGACCAGGAUUCAUUCAGACGUCAUCCAGUCUUGUUAGGGACCUUCAGGGUACAGACACCGGUCAGUAUGUAUUGAUCAGUCUUUACCUAUUUUAAAUAAAGAUCAGUUCCUCUCACACUCAACGAUCCUGCUGCCCAAUCAGGUGGAGGUGAUGAUGUCGCCCCUGGCUCUAGCUGUGAGACGCCUCAGGCGGGAUUUGAAACUGCAGCACCUGCUCACCACUACGCUACCCAGCUGCAUAUACAUUUAUAUAUAAAACACAUCAUAGGCACUACUAGAGUUAAGCUAUUUUAAAUAAGAUCAUUUUAGUUUUAGUGCUGUGCCAAAAUAAUUUACAUUAAUUAAAUAUCCAAAGACGGAGCGUGAAGGUGUC